AUUUUCUUGAAUUGUUAUCACAUCAAGCGGCAGUUCACUCGAGGUGAUAAAAUGAUCGCGCUGUACAUCGCACUCGGGGCCCUGGUUGUUAUUGUGCUCUAUUUCAAAUGGUUGUGCAGCUAUUGGCGCCGAAUUGGUAACAUCGAUGGGCCGGCACCGUUGCCUAUUUUCGGGAAUGGAUACGAACAAAUCACCGGUGCCAAACAUUUUGGAGAGAUUUUCGGAGAUAUCUAUCGGUCCUACCAAACAGCAUCGUGGGUCGGCAUCCACGGACUGUUCAACAAACCAUCCAUUGUGGUGCGAGAUUUAGAGUUGGUGAAGGAAAUUCUAGUGGGAAGCUUCCAGCACUUCAAUAAAAAUUCGUUCGAAGUAAACGAAUCCAUAGAUCCGCUGUUUUCGGUGAAUCCGUUUACCCAAUCCGGUGAUCUGUGGAAGGAAAGACGUUCCCAGGUGGUACCGGUUCUGUCCCAAACGAAGAUACGGUCGUGCUUCCCAAUAAUCAAAAAUGUGGCAGAGAACUUCGUCAAUUACGUCACUGAAACCCGCGAGAGUAGUCCAGAUUUCGAGGCAAAAGAUAUUUGUGCCAGGUUCACGAUUGAUUCGGUAGCCAGCUGUGUGUUUGGAAUCGAUGCUGAAUCGUUCACCAAUCCGGGUUCCGAAUUUCGUCGGGUGGGUUUUGAGCUGUUUAAUCCGAAUUCAGCUCUGACUGCGGUGCGCACGUUACUCACGUUGUUCGCUCCAAAAUUAUCUCUCCUGCUGCGGUUACCCUUUGUCCCUCGGCACGUGGACCGGUGGUUCCGACAGCUUGUAAAUGAAGUCGUCCGCCAGCGCAAGGAAGGUAAAGUGAAACGCCAGGACCUGUUCCAGGCCCUGUACGAUUCGCUCACCCAGAACGGAGUCAUGGAUGCCAAAAGCGACGAAAUCGUUGGCCAUUCGGUAACGUUCCUAACCGAAGGUUUUGAAACGUCCAGCACAUUGAUGUGUUACCUGCUUUACGAGCUGGCAUCGAAUCCGCACAUCCAGGAUCGUGUGCUGGAUGAGAUCGACAGCGUGCUGAAGGAGUACGGCGGACAGCUCAGCGAUGAAGCCGUCAACAAAUUGGUCUACAUGGAACGGGCAAUGUACGAAACGCUGCGGCUGCACUCUCCGGUUUUCACCCUGACGAAGGUUUGCACCAAAGAUUUCGAACUGCCUCCUCAGUACUCGGAUGGUCGUGGCAAGCAGGUGACACUGAAGGUCGGAAUGCCGGCAGUCAUUCCGGUGCAUGCAAUCCAUCUGGAUCCGGAAAUCUUCCCCGAGCCGUAUCAAUUUGAUCCGGACCGGUUUUUGGACGAGAAUCGUAAGGCACGCCAUCGAUAUUCGUUCCUCGCGUUUGGCGAAGGUCCUCGGAUUUGUUUGGGCAUGAAGUUCGGUUUGGCCCAGAGUAAGGUCGGUAUUGCCACCCUGCUCAGCAAGUACCGGGUGAUUCAGUCAAGCAAACAAAAACUUCCGCUGGAGAUGGCCCGACAAACGUUUUUACUUGCACCAAAAGAUGGAGUUUGGGUGAAUUUCGUCGAAAGAAACUCAUCUUAGGAUGGUUUUGGUUUAUAUACAUAAUUGC